AUGGAGAGACCCGUGAGAGUGAAGGCUUGGGUGCAGGAGAACCGCGCCUCCUUCCUGCCCCCGGUCUGCAACCAGCUCCUGCACCAGAAGCAGCUCAAAAUCAUGUUCGUCGGGGGUCCCAACACCAGGAAGGACUACCACAUCGAGGAGGGUGAGGAGGUGUUUUACCAGCUGGAAGGCGACAUGCUUCUCCAAGUCCUGGAGCAAGGGAAGCACCGGGAUGUGGUCAUCCGGCAGGGAGAGAUCUUCCUCCUGCCCGCUGGGGUCCCCCAUUCUCCACAGAGGUUUGCCAACACAGUGGGGCUGGUGAUUGAGCGGAGGCGGCUGAAAACGGAGCUAGAUGCGCUCAGGUACUACAUAGGCGACACCACGGACGUCCUGUUUGAGAAGUGGUUCUACUGCGAGGAUCUCGGCACACAGUUGGCCCCCAUCAUCCAGGAGUUUCUUAGCUCUGAGCAGCACAGAACAGGAAAACCCAACCCUGACCAGCUGCUCAAGGAACCGCCAUUCCCCCUGAGCACACGGUCCGUCAUGGAGCCCAUGUCGCUGGAGGCCUGGCUGGAUGGCCACCGCAAGGAGCUGCAUGCUGGCAUACCCCUCAGCCUGUUUGGGGACACCUAUGAGACCCAGGUGAUGGUCCAUGGACAAGGCAGCAGCGAAGGCCCGAGACAGGACGUGGACGUGUGGCUGUGGCAGUUGGAGGGCUCCUCAGUGGUGACAAUGGAAGGACAGUGCCUGAGCCUGACCCCCGAUGACAGCCUCCUGGUGCCAGCUGGGACCGCGUAUAGCUGGGAACGAGGGCAAGGCUCCACGGCCCUGUCUGUGACUCAGGACCCUGCCCGCAAGAAGCCCCUGGGGUGA